CACCAAAAAAUCCAACAUUUUUCUCCUGCAAAAGAAUUAAGAGAACAUGACUUUAUUUCUUGAUUUGAUAUGCCAAAGCCGUGGAAUCCAGUCAACUAUAUAUGUAGAAAUGUCCCCAGGAGUUAGAGUUGAGGAUCUAUACCAGCAAUUGCUAAUAACUUACAAGGAAGAAGAACUUGUGAAGUUGUUGGAGAAGGGUGUUGUUCCCCGCAUUCAUAAUGUUCUAGGUUCUAACUAUUGCUUUAUUAAUGUUUUUCCUGACAGGAUACCUGGAAGAGCAGUAAUUAUAUCAGUUAUUGAUAAUCUUGUGAAGGGAGUUUCAGGCCAAGCAUUACAAAAUCUUAAUAUAAUGCUUGGAUACCCAGAAAACACAGGGCUUCUCUACCAGCCCUUAUUCCCAUGACAUCUCUUCUGUUCCCAAGUGAUCAAAAUGUCGAAUUUUUUCGUUUUCAAGAGAUUCAAAUCCCAUUUUGAAUAACUAUAAAAUGCAUAAUUGCCGAGUAGAAAAAAGGAUAUUCCCAGAAACUUGUUUGAUGUUUAGUUUGUCAGGGAAGCUGAAUUGCCGGAAACUGAUCGAGUUAAGCAUGAACGAGAAUCCAUCUGUUUAUGUUGUGCCAUGAGACUAUAUUUAUGUUAUGUACCGAAAAAAAAAAAUGAGACUAUAUUUAUGUUGGCUCAAUUUUAUUUUCUUUUCUGACAAAUUAAUUAUGUUUCUUAAUUGUGUUUCAUUAAGAAUCCAAUUUCCCAGAUCCAGGAAUGAAAGUGUCCUUUUAUU